CUACCGGGCUACUUUCUGUUUCACUUGUGGGGACUACUGUCUUUUCAUCUCAAGUCCUUUGGAAAAUGGUAAAAGAAAUUCACGUUGAGGGUCUUGAGGCAUACAAAAAGACAGUGAGUGAAAAUCAAGGAAAGACGAUAUUUGCUCUGUUUUCAGGCUCCACAGAUGAUGACGGAAAUAGCUGGUGUCCCGAUUGUGUCGCAGCGGACCCUGUGGUGAAGAGAAAUUUAAAACAUGCGGGGGAGGAUGCGGUCUUCAUCCACUGUGGGGUGGGGGACAGGACUUUUUGGAAAGACCAAUCAAACGCCUUCAGAAAAGAACCUGGAUUAGAACUAAAAAGUGUCCCCACACUACUGCGGGUCGGACAGAAACAACGACUGGAAGAAGGACAAUGUGCAAAAGAUGACCUUGUGCAAAUGUUGUUUUCUGACGAAUAAAACAGAUUUCACAACCCUUUA